CUUGGUCGCGUCCCGUCAGUGCGCGAGUGGCCGAGCGCCGAGGAGGUAGUCGUCGACGUGCUGUCGCCCGUGUGUGCCGGUGACAGCUGUGAGCGUGUGUGUGUGUGUGUGACUUGCGCCGGUGUUGGUGUCGGCGGCCCUGACGGAUGGAUAUGCAAGCGGAGUAAGGUGUCCUGCGAUCAUCCUUGCCCCCGGCGAGCGGACUUCUUUUCGGCGCCCCGCCACUGAUCUGUCUCCCAAAGCAGCGAGAUGGGUCGGAGUGGCUACACGUGCGUGAGGCACGUCUUCUGCUCGCUGAAUGUGUUCGUUUGGCUCGCCGGCUGCGCCAUCCUGGGCGUGGGCAUCUGGCUGCGCCUGGCCUACGAGGGCUACACCAACCUCCUGCCCCAGUACUCGCUCAUGUCGGCCGACUGCACCUUCAUCGCCAUCGGGGUCAUCACCUUCGUGGUCGCCUUCUUCGGCUGCUGCGGCGCAUGGUUCCAGAGCCACUGCAUGCUCGUCACCGUGAGUGAAACGAAUUGAACCACGACGACAAAA